AUGGUGCAGGUGACACAUUUGCAAGCAGAACUACGAGAGAAAGAGUUGAGAGAGACCAAAUUACAUGAACAGCUGAGGAAAAAAGAACAACUUGAAGAAAAUUUAAGGAAACAAUCGGCUAAGAUGGAGCAGCAGUUGACAAACCCGCGUGGACAAAUGCAAGAGAGAAAUGAACGACUGAGAGAUGUCACCUAGCAAAUGACGAUUGUCCGAGGGCAGUUACAAGAAAAAGAUGAGAAACUGCUAAUUUACAGAAUCAAGUUACUGCCUUAAGGCAACAACUGGAGGAAAAAGACCAGGAAAUUAAUGAAUUUGAAACAACUCUGUCCGCAGCUCAGGAUGAGUUAUGUGAACAUCAACGACAACAGUCCCCUGAGUGGUUCAUUUCAAGGGAUCACAUUCAGCUAACUAGUAAAUUUCUCGGCAAAGGAGGCUGGGGAAGUGUCGUCGAAGGAAAAUUUUGUGGUUGUUCUGUUGAAGUGAAACAGAUCCAUGAGUUGAUUCUUUCUCCUCACCACUGCAAAUUAUUUGAGCGAGAAAUGAAUAUUGCCUCAAGAUGCCGCCACCCUUGCUUGCUGCAUUUCAUCGGAGCUACAAAUGACGAAGGGGAUCCAUUGUUUGUAACAGAGCUCAUGGAAACAAGUUUACGCACUCUGUUAGAACAGAGAGCUCUUUCGUAG